AAGCGCACCUCGAGAAAACAAACCCUCCCUCUCUUCUCCGAAGCAUCGAAGCCUGCGAGAGAGAGAGAUAGAGAGAAUGGCGAAUCAGCCGCCCACAUCCAUCAACAACAAUUUGAAUUCAUCGGACGGUGGAGAUGCAGAGAAGCCAGUCCGUGUCUACGCUGACGGCAUCUACGAUCUCUUCCAUUUUGGCCACGCCCGAUCCCUCGAACAGGCCAAGAAAGCGUUCCCGAACACAUAUCUGCUUGUGGGUUGCUGCAGUGAUGAUGUCACCCACAAGUAUAAAGGGAAAACUGUCAUGACUGAAGAUGAGCGCUACGAAUCUCUUCGUCACUGCAGGUGGGUUGAUGAGGUCAUACCAGACGCUCCUUGGGUUAUCACACAGGAAUUCAUGGACAAACACAAGAUUGAUUAUGUCGCUCAUGAUUCUCUUCCAUAUGCUGAUGCAAGUGGUGCUGGCAAGGAUGUGUAUGAAUUUGUCAAAGCCGUUGGAAAAUUUAAAGAAACUCAGCGCACUGAUGGAAUCUCUACAUCGGAUAUUAUAAUGAGGAUCCUUAAAGAUUAUAACCAGUAUGUGAUGCGUAACUUGGCCCGUGGAUACACACGAAAGGAUCUUGGUGUCAGCUAUGUCAGGGAAAAGCGGUUGAGGGUGAAUAUGGGGUUGAAGAAGCUGCGUGAAAAGGUGAAGGAACACCAAGAAAAAGUGGGAGAAAAGUUAGUCACUGUUGCAAAAAAUGCCGGUUUGCAUCACGAUGAGUGGGUGGAAAAUGCCGAUCGAUGGGUUGCUGGUUUCCUUGAGAAGUUUGAGGAAGGUUGUCAUCUGAUGGGAACGGCCAUCAGGGACCGAAUCCAAGAGGGUUUAAAGAGGCAGCAGUCGAGAGGGCUCACGGGCUUCUUGAAGGAUAAUGACAGUGAUGUUGAUGAUGAUGAUGACGAUGAUGAUGUCAGUGAGUACGAAAGUUAUGAUAGUAGCGACGAAGAAGAAUAGGCUGGAGCUUCAUUUCAUGCACGUGUUUCAAGUAGGUAUUAAAGGUCAGUGCACUGUCUGCCUUGUGUUAUGAAUUUACUUGGGUUGUUCUUGUGAAGCUCAACCUAGCUUUCGUUUUUUGUAGAAUUGAUCAGUGACAGAACCUAACAGAUGAAUCCAUAUGAUUUUAUUUAGAUGCUUAUUUUCUGGAA